GCGAUACAAUUCUUUUUCUAUCAAAAGACUUACGCUCGAAAUUUUUUUACGACAAAGAACAUUAUGAGAAUCACGAUAUUGUACGGUAGUGAGACAGGUACUGCACAAGAUGUGGCUGAACAAAUUUGGAAAACUGCCAAAAGAAAAGGCCUGGAAAGCAAUGUCUUUGCAAUGAAUGAUUAUAACGUUCAAAAUCUUGAUACAGAAAAAAUGAUAGUGUUUGUGGUCGCAACCACAGGCCAAGGAGAUCCUCCUAAUAAUAUGAGGCAAUUCUGGAGACUUCUAUUACGAAAAAAUCUCCCAACAACAUUGCUUUCUAAUAUAAAGUAUGGAAUAUUAGGCUUAGGUGACAGUUCCUAUCAAAAAUUUAAUUUCGCAGCAAAAAAGUUAAACAGAAGAUUAAUGCAACUAGGUGCAAAGGAACUGUUACCUAUUGGGCUAGCAGAUGAUCAACAUGAUUUAGGAAUUGAUGCUGUUGUUGAUUCUUGGCUAGAAGAAAUGUGGAUGAAAGUUGGCGAUACAUUUAAUAUUUCCAUAAUAGAUUUGAUUAAUAAUGAAAAUAACAUAAUUGAGAGAUUUCAUAUAUCAGAAAGAGACAGAAAUUCCAUGAAUAAUGAAUAUUGUUCAGUUCAUGAUAUUUUCAUGAAAGAAGUAUUUACAAAUAAUGAAGUGAAAGUGGGUACAAUAAUUGAAAAUAUAAGAACUACUGCACAAGAUCAUUUCCAGGAUGUUAGAUUAAUUAAAUUUAGAUCAGAUAACAUUAAUUACCAACCUGGAGACAUAGUGUAUGUUAGACCCAAGAAUUCUCAAAAACAAAUUGAAAAAUUUUUUAAUAUAUUAAAUGACAAUAAUGUGCAAUUAAAUCCGGAUAUGUUAAUUCAAGUAACUGAAAAAGAAAUUAAAGUACCUAAUGUUCUAAAACAAAUUCUAACUUUAUACCAAAUUGUAGAGCAGUAUUGGGAUUUGAGCUUUAAGCCACGCAGAUCUACGAUGCAACUGUUAUCUCUUAUCAGUGAAAAUGAAUUAGAGAAGGGCAAGUUAGAUGAAUUUACAACAGCAAGUGGUCAAGAAGAACUAUAUAAUUACAUCAAUAGGCCAAGAAGAACUAUUUUAGAGUUACUAGCAGACUUUCCACAUACAACUAGUAAAUUAAAUGUAAAAUUAUUAUUUGAAAUUAUGUCUCCUAUAAAGCCUCGUGCAUUUAGCAUAGCUUCAAGUUUAAGGAUUACUGAAAAUGAAAUUCAUCUCUUAGUAGCAGUAGUAAAGUAUAAAACAAAACUACUAGAGCCAAGAUAUGGACUGUGUUCUAAUUGGUUGGCGAGUUUGAAAAAGGAAGACAAGAUAAUAUUUUGGAUACAGAAAGGAACAUUUAAAUUUGAGUACAAUAAGCCAAUGAUAUUCAUCGGACCUGGAACAGGAAUUGCACCGUUUCGUUCGGCUAUAUUAGAUAAAUGUGCAUUGGAUGAUAAUUUAAAUGAUUGUGUCCUCUUUUUUGGCUGUAGAAACAAGAAAAAAGAUUACCAUUGUAAAGAUGAUUUUGAAUAUUUGUCGCUGCAAAAAGGUUUAAAUUUAUUCUGUGCGUUUUCCCGAGAUCAAGAGCAUAAAAUAUAUGUACAACAUGUUAUACAUAGUCAAAAGCAACUUUGUUGGGAAUUUCUUAACAGAAAUGGUAACAUUUACCUAGCAGGCACUGAGCCUGUUCGUCUUUCUCCUGGUUGGGAAGGUACAGGCAGACCUGAUGAUGAAUUAAAUUUUAGAGGAGUUACAAUGGAUCAAGCAGACCUUGAAUUAAAUCCUCCUAAAGAUAGAUUAAACAUAGUAUUCUGCAUAAUGGUACUACAUGGAAUUGGUAUCUUAAUGCCAUGGAAUAUGUUCAUAACAGCAAAAAAUUAUUUUGUUAAUUACAAAUUAUCUGAAGAAUAUACAGGAAUUCAAUCAAACUAUGCCACAAAUUUUCUUGCAUACUUAGGAUUUGCAGCACAAAUACCAAAUCUACUAUUUAAUUGGUUAAAUGUAUUUAUGCAAUUUGGUGGCAAUUUGACAACACGUAUAGUAUGGGGCAUCUUCAUACAAGUUUUAAUAUUUGUAUGUACCGUUAUUUUGGCAAUGACUGAUAGCUCUGGUUGGCCAGGUGUCUUUUUCUGGAUUACCAUGAUUUCUGUUAUUAUAUUAAACACUGCUAAUGGAAUUUACCAAAACUCUGUGUUUGGUAUGGUGGCAAAGUUACCAACAAAGUACACAGGAGCUGUUAUCUUAGGCUCGAAUAUAAGUGGAACAUUUACAGCGAUGAUUAACUUUCUUGCUCAGUAUAUGGCACCAAAUCCUCGGACUGCGGCAAUAUAUUACUUUAUAACUGCUCUGUUUAUUCUUCUUGCAUGCUUUGAUACUUAUUUUGCACUACCGAUAAAUAGAUUUUACCGAUACCGCGAAUUAUUACAUCAGAAAGGAAUAAAUAAAAGGCAAUUAGAAAAUAAUGCAAGAGACAAACAUAACACACCGCCAUACUGGAAAAUAUUUAAACAAUGUUUUCCUCAGUGCUUCAACACAUUUUUCAUAUUUUUCGUAACUCUUUCUCUAUUUCCAUCUGUUCAAUCUGACAUAGUUCGUUCGGAUCCUAAUUUUAUAGUUUCAUCAAAUUAUUACAGUACUGUUAUGUGUUUUCUCACGUUCAACGUCACUGCUCUCAUUGGUAGUUCAAUCGCAUCGUUGGUUCAGUGGCCUAGUAAAAAGUACUUAAUAAUACCAGUUCUUUUACGUGUUUUCUAUAUACCAUUGUUUUUAUUCUGUAAUUACAAACCAAGUGGUGUUUCAAGAAUAUUACCAGUGUACAUUAGUAAUGACUGGAUUUAUUUUCUAAUCGCUGUUACAAUGGGAAUAAGUAGUGGCUAUUUUUCCUCUUUAUCCAUGAUGUAUUGUCCGAGAAUGGUAGAUUCUGAAUAUAUGGCAACAGCUGGUAUGUUUGGGGCAGCAUCAUUAAUCACAGGGCUCUUUACUGGAAUAUUAUUUUCUAUGGUUAUGCCCAUCUUGGUAGCAAAUAUAUCAUUUGAAUUAUCUUAAUACAUACAACAUUCAAUAAUAAAAUAUUAAUCCAUGUUUAAAGACAUUCACUUGAUAGGAAAAUCAAAAGAAGAUGAGCGCAAGGAAAAGAAUAAGAUGAAAGUUCAUCAAUAUAAAGUUCAAUUUAAUUUUGACAUUACUCUAUUUAUGAUAUUAAACGAAUUUAAUAGAUUUCUCUGCACUUAAUGAUGAAGCUGAAAAUUUUGAUGUUAUAAGAUGAUCUGACAAAGUAAAAUGUUAAUAAUUUUUAUUUGUUUGUCUCAUACUUCUUUAAAAUGCUAUGAAUCUUUUUGUUACAAUAUAAAAAAAAAAAAGAAAAAGAAAUACAAACAUUAAACAAUACCUCAAAGAAUCGAAUUUGUAUUGUUGAGAACAAAUAUUUCAUAAUGGAAUAUUUAAAAUCUGAAAAAAAAAUGAUAGAGAUCUCUGUUAUUACAUCAAGUUCAUAGUUGUGAGAUUAAUAUUUAAUCACUGCCCUAAUGCAACUAUUAAUACUAAAUUGGACCAAUAAGCCUUAAUAUCCAUAUAUUAUUAAGUUUUUCACAUGCAUCAGUUUACUCGAAGCCGCUAAAAUAAGCACAUAAAAGAUCUGUACAAUUAAUAAUUGUUAUUUACAUAGACCAAAUUUAUAAUAAGACUGUGGUUUGUAAACUUUUCAUACUAACAAUUUAACAAAAUUUAGGACUGAGCUGUAUCCUAUUUAGAAAACAAAGAUGUUAAAAUGGAAAAUGAUUUUCUUCUUUGUUAAAUGUUUAGUAAUGUGCUGAUUAUAGCGAACAAUUAAAAAUAUUUACCAUGUUGAAACACACACAUGUGCAUAUAAGAGCAUAUUCAAAUAUUUUUUCCAAGGUACAUAAAUAUUUUGCACAGGGUAGCUUUUCAUAAUUUUUAAUCAUCCAUUUUCAAUUGUUUUAUUAUAUUUUGUAUGUUUGUAUUCUGAUUUUCAGUAAUAGGUUUUUUUAUAAUAUAUCUUUACCCUUUGUUAUUACAAGGUACAUUUGUAAGUAUAUUUGUAUUACAAACACAUUUUGUGUUUUGUAUGAUUUUAGUAUUAGUUUUAUAUAUCAACUCUUUUUUUAUUAAAAUAUUAGAUAAUUAGUGUUUGUCUUUUCAAAUAAUUCAAAAUGUUCUACAAAACGGAAGUAAUUUGGAAAUGAUAUGAUCAAUGUUAAUCUCGAUAAAAUUCAAGACAAUAAUAUGUGUUUGUUUCAUUUACUUUGUUUUGUAUUUCUAAUUAUUACUCUUUUUUUUCCAUUUAGACAUAUUUCUAUAUGUUUACCAUGUUAUAAUGUAAUAUCAUGUGUUUGCUAUGCUUUCUGUUCAAUCAACAUAUUGUAUAUUAAAAAGAAGGCUAAGGUAAUAUGUAAAAUUGAAAUAUCAUAAUGUUUAACAAGUUUACUAAGACUCUAAUAUAAUAUUUAUUUCAUAUACUUACGAAAAAAAGAAAUAGGUCAUAGCAUAAGUAACGCCGCGUUUUGACUCGAACUUUCAAUGAGUAAAAUUAAUACUUCCGUUUACUUUUAAUCAUCCAUGUAUGCAUUUACCUACUUUUUCCUUAGCAGUCUAAGAAGAUUCUACUUCAAUCACAGCCUUUAAUGCGUCGACAUCGAACGUUACACUUCGGCCGGACCUGUGUUCAUUAGAAAAUUCAAAAACGUCAUACGGAAAUUUCGGAAACCAUUUUUUGACAUUUUCUCACAUUUAAAACGUGUUCACCGUAUACUUUACAAACAUUUUUAACAGUAUCCUUAGUUGCACUGCCUUUUUUAAGUUUGUAUAGUAUGUAAUGCUGCAAAUAGUUUUCGCUGACACUCAUCUUAUAACUUCCUUUAAUGUGAAAAAUACCGAUCUAAUUGUUUCAAUAAUUAGAGAAAAACAAAGGGAGAAGUUCCUAUAAAAACAUGUCAGCGAAACAUGAUACGUAAGUUUAUCUAAAGUAAGAUAAGAAACGAUAUUACUUAUGACAUGACCUACUAUUUGUUUACAUCUAAACGAAGUGCCGCAUAUUUUACAUUGAGUGGAAAGACGCGUUCUCUUAUUAUUACUUUAUAAUGUGUACUAUUUUAUUAUUUAUUGCUUAUCCUUAUUUAUAAUAAAUGUGAAGUUAUUAUUUGACAAAAUUAAAAAUAUAGUUACUUUUAAUAGAUUUUAUUACAUGUAUUAACUCAUAUGUACAUAUGUGUACACAUGUUAUUUUCACUAUAACAAAAAAAAAAAAAGAAAAAAGAGAGAGAAAAGUAUACAUCAUUAAGUAUGAACUUCUGUCUUGGUACAGUUAGUAAAAUCUGUAAAUACUGUCUAAGUGCUUCUACAUGUAAUAACAUGUGGCGAUUAUAAAUCUGCAUUUUUAUUGUAUACACCAUCUCGUAAGCUAUACUGUUUUACUGUUUAUAAUACUGUUUAUGCUCUAUUUCUAUCAAUUCACACAUACAAUUAUAACUAAUAUUCCUAUACACUUUCAAAUUAUGCUCAGCUAAAUUAUCAGAACCAUAUAUAUAUAUAUAUAUAUAUAUAUAUAUAUAUAUAUAUAUAUAUAUAUAUAAACAAAU